AUGGAGAUACAACUAAACUGUGUACUUGAAAGUGAUGACUCUAAUUCCAGGGGAGAUCAAUCAAGUGAAUUCAAUAGCAUUUCUGAUUGGGUGGGUCAUAAAGCCAAUCCUGGGCUCAAGAUGGAGGAAGACAACCUGACACCUUUCUAUCCAAACGUAAGUCCUGUUACAUUUUCCUGUCAUGCGGAUUUCUCUGCAAAACUACUGUGUGGACAACAGGAAAUAUCUUCAAAAGGAUUUCCCAAAACCUCAACUUAUUGGCAACAGAAAAAUCCAUGUACACCUGGGGUAUAUGUUCCUGCUAGAUUAAUUUAUAAUCCAGCUUCUCAAGAGGAAGAUGUGGAAUAUCAGUGUUUUGACAUUUAUAAGGAUCUUCAUGGACAACGAGAAGAAGAAGAAAAUUUUAUUAUUCUUGUUGACUCAAAUGAGGAGAAGAAUAUAUCACCUCAGUUGGGAAAAACUUUGCCUUCUCAUUAUCAGAAAUGUCAUCAAUCUUUCCAAGAUCUCUCCAGGCUACAAGUGGCUAGGAAUUCAUAUCCCUGCCCCCUUUGUGGCAAGGAGUUUUUUCGUGCAGCUAAUUUGCGAAUGCACAAAUUGACCCAUACUGAAGAAAGACCCCACAAGUGUCCAAUAUGUAACAAAGGUUUCAUUCGCACCGCUGAUGUUUGGAGACAUCUGCACAGUUUUCACAAGAUAGAGCGCUCCAGUGUUGUUUUGGGAAAUGCAAACAUAAGGAAUCAAUGGUGCACAGUGAAGCAAAAUCAGGAUAAUAAAGGAUAUCCUAAACAAUUGGAAUCUGCUGCCGGCAAUUUUGGAAAAGAAAGUUCAAAAUCAUGUAUCUGUCCAGUAUGUCACAAAGUUUUCCGCAAACCUAACUUGCUUUCCAAACACAAAGUAAUACAUCGACAAGAAAAGCCAUACAAAUGCAAAGAAUGUGGCAUGGCCUUUGUCCAACUGGCUAGAUUAAAAAGGCAUAAUCUGACACAUACAGGAGAGCGUCCAUUUUCCUGUGAAAGAUGUAACAACACAUUUACACGUUUAGGUUCAUUACAGCGUCAUCAACGUAUCCAUACUGGAGAAAAGCCCUAUUCUUGUUCCUACUGUGGUGUGUCCUUUACAGACUCGGGAACUCUGAAGAGGCAUGAACAGAUUCAUAAAGUUAUCCAAAUAUAA